AUGGACGCUUCCCUAGUGCGUGGUCUAUCCUCCCCAGAUCCAGCAGUACCUGCCGCCUCUGCUCCAGCGCUGCCUGCGGCACCCGCCGCCUCUGCUUCAGUGCUGCCCGCAGCACCCGCCGCGCCUGCUCAAGCUGCACCCGCCGCGCCUGCUCAAGCUGCACCCGCCGCGCCUGCUCAAGCUGCACCCGCCGCGCCUGCUCAAGCUGCACCCGCCGCGCCUGCUCAAGCUGCACCCGCCGCGCCUGCUCAAGCUGCAGCUGCACCCGCCGCGCCUGCUCAAGCUGCACCCGCCGCGCCUGCUCAAGCUGCACCCAGUGCUCCUGCUCCUGUGUCUGCAGUGCCUGCCGCUCAUGUGGUACCCACUGCUUUAGCUCCAGUGCCAGCGGCGCCCGCCGCUCCUGCUCCUGUGUCUGCCGCCCACGUGGUACCCACUGCUUCAGCUCCAGUGCCAGCGGUGCCCGCCGCUCCUGCUCCUGUGACUGCAGUGCCUGCCGCCCAUGUGGUACCCACUGCCUUUGACCCUGUGCCCGCGGCUCCGGCCGCCUCUGACCCUGUGCCCGCGGCUCCGGCCGCCUCUGACCCUGUGCCCGCGGCUCCGGCCGCCUCUGACCCUGUGCCCGCGGCUCCGGCCGCCUCUGACCCUGUGCCCGCGGCUCCGGCCGCCUCUGACCACCUGCUCCAAGAUCUCCUGCUUCAGCCCCUCGAACUCUGCCCAGGCUGGUUCCGCAGACUUUGA